AUGUCUUCACCAGUGCAACUCUUCAGAGAUCAGAAGUACCAUGAGCUGAAAGGGCAGUGUAUCCAGCAGAGACGGCUCUUCGAAGAUCCUGAGUUUCCAGCCUCAGAUGAGUCCCUUUUCUACCAGUCAGCACCACCAAGGAAAGUUGAAUGGAAGCGCCCAAAGGACCUCUGUGAAGACCCCCACCUGUUUGUGAAUGGAAUCAGCUCCCACGACUUACACCAAGGCACCCUGGGGAACUGCUGGUUUGUGGCUGCGUGCUCUUGCUUGGCUCUGAGGAAGACCCUCUGGCAGCAGGUGAUUCCAGACUUUAACGAACAAGAAUGGGACCCUAAAAACCCUCAGAAAUAUGCUGGGAUUUUCCGUUUCCGUUUCUGGUGCUUUGGAGAAUGGACAGAGGUGGUUGUUGAUGAUCUGCUGCCAACAAUGGAUGGGAAGUUGAUCUACUGCCAUUCUAAUGUGAAAAAUGAAUUCUGGAGCGCAUUAUUGGAGAAAGCUUAUGCAAAGCUGGCUGGAUCUUAUGAAGCCCUAGAUGGAGGCAGCGCUGCAGAUGCAAUUGUGGAUUUCUCUGGAGCAGUGGCAGAAUCUGUUGAUUUGGUACAGGGCAAAUAUGGUGAGAUUAUUUCUGAGCAGAUGAAGCUGUUUGAAGACUUGCUGAAAGUGCAUAAAAGAGGUGGUUUGAUCAGCUGUUCCAUUACGGCUUCCUCUGGCAGAACCAAUGAAGCGGAGACAGAGAUGGGUCUUGUCAUCGGCCAUGCCUACUCAGUGACUGCAAUUCGGAAGCUGCGCCUUGGAGAAAGACUCAUAUUCUCUUUUAAGGCAGAAAAGCUCUUCAUGAUCAGGCUGAGGAAUCCCUGGGGGAAAAGAGAGUGGCAUGGUGCCUGGAGUGACAAUUCUGAAGAGUGGAAGAAAGUCAGCGAUUCAGAACGUAAGAGCUUGGGACUCACUCUUGAGAAUGAUGGAGAGUUCUGGAUGACGUUUGAGGACUGGUGUAAGAAUUUCACUGAUGUGGACAUCUGUCGGAUUGUGAAUACCUCCUACUUCAGUAUCCACAAGACCUGGGAGAAGAAAAUGAUGCAUGGGGCUUGGGCAAAGAAUUCAGAGCCCCUGCUAAAUCGCUCUGGUGGAUGCUUUGAUAACAAAGAGACCUUCCUUCAGAAUCCCCAGUACAUCUUUGAUGUUAAGAAGACUGAGGACAAAGUGUUGGUGUCAUUACAACAGGAGGAUCGCCGCAAAUACAAGAAAGAAGGGAAGGGAGACAGCAUCCCAAUUGGCUUUGAAAUAUUCAAGGUGGAGGAUAACAGAAACUAUCGACUACACAAGCUCACUGUGCAGGAGAGAGUGGCCACAUCUCUGUACAUCAACACACGGACUGUGUUCUUGAGGAGGAUCCUUAAGCAAGGCCGCUACAUCCUUAUCCCAACUACAUAUCAUCCUGGCAUCACUACAAAGUUUAUCCUGAGACUCUUCACAGAUGUGCCAUCAAAACUCAGGGAACUGAAGGCAGAUAAGCCUAAAAUGACCUGUUGGAGUCUUCUUUGCGGCUAUCCACGCAGAGUCACCCAAAUUAAAAUUCACUCUGCAGAGGGUUUACAGAAGCAAGACAGAUCAGGCGGAGCAGAUCCCUAUGUGCUUAUCAAGUGUGAGAACCAAAACAUGCGCUCCUCUGUGCAACAUGAUACGACCAGUGCCAUCUUUGACACACAAGUGAUUUUCUACAGAAGAAACAUCGACAGUCCUAUCAUUGUCCAGGUCUGGAACAGCAACAUCUUCUGUGACCAGUUCCUUGGACAGGCGGUGCUGGCAGCGUUACCCAGUGACCCCAGAGAAGAGCAGACUCUGCAGCUCCGAGGGAGAGGCAGCCAAGAAGCAGCUGAGGUGCCAGGUCACAUCACUGUCAAGGUUUUUUCCAGCGAUGACCUCGUGGAGCUAUGAAUACCAAAGCCCCGCAGAGUCAGACAGAGCUGUCACCUCGCAGCAGGGGGGCUUGUCUGCGCUUUCUGUGUGAAUGACUCGGGAGCAAAGGUUGCACAUAAUCAUAAUCGCUUUAAAACGAAAAAGCCUUCU